AUGGCACCCCUACCGUAUCGCUUCGUGCGAUUGUUAUUCAGAGUAUCAGCUAAUGCGUUCUAUGAAAUCGAGGUGGAUGGAUUAGAAAACAUACCUCCCGAUGGAUACCCAACUAUAAUCUGUCCUAAUCAUUCGAAUUCGCUAACCGACCCUAUUUGUCUUCUGAGUGCAAUUCCGAAGAAAAAACGAGAUAUGGUUCGAAUGACGGCUAAAGAAACAUUCUGGCAACAAAAUACUAUAUUCAGCAAACUUAUAAGAUGCAUUGGUACAGUACCAAUUAAGCGAUCCAAGGAUUAUAAUUAUGCUAAAGUGGAUAACUCAGAAUCCUUCAGAAAAUUAAUUGAGAGUUUAGAGCAGGGAAACUGUAUCUGUAUCUUCCCUGAGGGAAUCAGCAGAUACCAUAGUAAAGUUGCGCCUUUUAAGCCUGGUGUCGCAUUGAUAGCCAGUGAGACAUUAACGCGUAAUAAAGAUCGAGAAGACUUUUCAAUCAAUCUAUUGACAGUUUCACUAGUUUACACACAUCGAGAAAAGUUUAGAUCGAAUGUGUUGGUAAAAUUUAAUCCUCCUAUUGUUCUUACACCAAAACAUCACUCGCUUUUAAAAAACAUCACCAGUGAUGGACAAAAAAGAACUAGUGAACACGCGAUACGUGAAUUAACGAGUGCUAUGGAGGAAAUGGUGCGUUCAAAUACGUUGGAUGCACCAGAUUGGCAAACUUUAAGGAUUGCACAUACGGCCAGAAAAUUGUACGCGGGCGACCUCGGCACUCGUAUCUCUUUAGCAGAAUAUGUGCGUCUUACAAAGAUAUUCAUAGAUGCACUUUCGAAAGCCGAAGUCAGUAGUCCGGUUUCUGAAACUGAGAAUGAAAUUUUAAAUGGAGAAGAAAGGGAGAUAAUUGUAGAACGUAUCGAUGCUGGAAAUCUAUUGUAUGUUGAUGAUCCUGAUCAAGAUAAAGAGAAAGAAAAUCGAUCGGGUGUAGACUUGCUUUUAUUAUCAAAGGAUUUAGCUGCGUAUCAAGAUCUUCUCGAUUCCUAUGGAAUAAAGGACUACAGGUUUAGUCGUUCUACUCCACUUUCAAAGCUUGAACUCGUAGGGCGAAUUAUCGUUCGCAUAAUUUGGACACUGUUUCUUGCCACUCUUGCGCUUCCCGGGUGGAUUUUAUGGUCUCCAAUAUUUAUUGCUGUGAAAUAUAAGGAACACCAAAUACGAAAAUUACCAAUCGAAGAUAACUUUGAUGAGAUCACUCAAUACAAAUUGCUUAUCUCCGCGAUACUUUUAGUGCCAAUAUAUGUGACGGCCUUGUUUAUAACAUUACCUUUUAUUUUUGUCACAUCGUGGCUAGUACCGUUGUUCAUGUGGUUAACUAUAAGAUGGACUGAAGAUCUAUUCCAAGCUUGCAGGUCUUGUAUAUCUUUAACCAAAUUGUUGUUACUCCCGGACGGAGAAUAUAACAAUAUCAAAAUUUUUCGUGAAGAACUUAAAAGUAGAGUACAGUUUUUAGCGGUAAAUGAACUUGGUUUACCGGUAAAUCCGGAAAAUUUGAUUAGCAGAACAAGACCUAGGGGAAUGGGAUACUUCUCUAUUAAGAGUAGGAGAAAGAAGGAUUACAAUGAAGUUUUAAGACUCUGGGAUGUUUCAGCUUACAAUUGA